AUGUCUUCCACGCCGCAAGCACCCCCUCAUCCCCGAGACUGGGAGGUUGAGGUCGACGAAUAUCUCGCACAGAACGAAAUCUCCUAUGAAACAGCGGUACCUCUCAACACUGGCACAUCAUGCUACAUUUGGCGACUCGAAGGAUUGGUCGACGCGGAGGCCUCAGCCAAUGGUCACCAGACAGGCCAGCCAGUCAUAAUGAAGUGCGCCGACAGCACGCCUAAGGACCGGAACUUCCCAGUCUCACCGGAGCGUCUUCAGUUUGAAGUCAAAGCUCUGAGAUCGAGAGCAGUGAAAGAAGCAUGCUGCCAAGAGCCAUCAGUCCAGGUUCCACGCGUGCUUAGAGAAACGAAGAACGGCUUCAUCAUGAGCAAUGUCGGUGAGACCGAUCUGAGGACGGCCUACAAGACGUACGAAUUUCUGGACGCGCCGGGAAUUGGUGUACGCUUGGGUCGAUGGCUGGGUAGCCUGCAUGUUGCCGGUAUUAAUCUGGGCCACGACGGAUGGAGCUCUCAUCACAAUGAGUUGGACAAGUUCUACGUACCUGGCGGUCUGGCGGAAAAGGCGAUCAAAGAUGCAAUGAACGAUGAAGAGUCAGAAAGGGUACUGGCAGCAAUGCGUGCCCCCGCUCCUACUCAUACGCUGACGCCUUGGGACUUUCGCCCUAUGAACAUUGUGGUUCAUCUUCCCGAAGACAAGAGGAUGGCCCCGGACCUUGCGGUCGUGGACUGGGAACUAUGUCACUACGGUGAUCCUUCCAACGAUGUCCGCAUGUGGUUUGCUGAAGUUAUAAUACUGGAGGCAAAGUUUGGCAAUAGGGGCCUACUAUCGUCGUUCUUGUCGGCAUAUAAACAACAGGUUGGCAAUGCUGUUGUAGAUGAGGCAUUUGUGUCCAGGGUUGCUCUGAGCGCUGGCAUCUACAUGUUGUGGCUUAUUCCCAUCAACCCUCGGGUUUGGGAUUGCACAGAGGAAGACGUGGAAUCUUGGAAAAGAACAAGCCUAGACUAUAUCAGGGCAGGCGCAAAUGAGGAUGUCGCCUGGCUGAGAGAAAGCUGCUUGGGGCCUUUGCUGGUAUGA